AUGGCUGGAACUGAUGUGACCACGGCAAUUUGCAGAGGGUUAUAUAUUCCUGUGAAUGUUUCGCAGUUCGCAUUUUUAUCGUCUCUGGCUCUCUUCAUAUUAUGGAGAUUACGACAAAUUGAACACAAACCUUAUGAUUUGGCCAUUGGCGGGUUUCUGUACUUCGUAAGGGUAGCUGCGCAAUUAACUCAAGUUUCGAUGACUUCACCAAAUGCGUACGAAUCCCCUGAUGCACCCGGAACAUUUUUCUGCCAGAUGGAUAUUGCACAGAGCGUGGAGAGGGGACUGUUUUACACUUACAAUGCCACUGAUGUUGCAAUCGACAUUUACGUUACGUUACGACUUGUUUAUAUCCUCAACAAAGCCAAUAACAAUGCUAAGCAUGUAACACCUAAUAUGCGACGACCACAUAAACGGAGUCUGUUCACAGCUGUCAUGUACUGGAAUUUCCUGCGUUUAUUCGCUGCUUUCUUACAUUAUUCUGUCAUUCUUUCCGGAGUCAUCACAACGCAAGAGAAUCCCUUCAACUUCUGGCCUUAUAACUUUGUCGCACUGAUGUUAUUAAGCUAUACUAUUACGGCUGAUGCAGAAAUUGUAAGAACUAUUGAAGGAAGACCUGUUAACGCGAACAAAGGAUCUAACUAUAGCAGUUCAAACGGUACGACAAAGGCAUCAAAAACAUAUCAUUCCGGCUCACAGUCUCCGCGUGCACCAUAUUAUAAAGAUCAAGUCAUAUCAAUUAAGGACGAUGAUGAUGAUUACCUGCAAUCAAAGUCUGCACAAUUAAAUUCAACUAGACAACAACCCGUUUACGAGGACGUGAGUGGCCAAAAAGUGGGAGUAUCAAUGAAGCGUGCGUCCUUCUUUGAAUGGGCUUCGAACGUAAUCGGUGUCCGCCGUAACGAUCUAGAUGAACAAUACGAUGAUACUAAUAAUGAUCAUGAUAUCGAAAAGGCUGAGAUCAACGACGCCGUUGAAGUGAUCUUGGAAGAGAGGCCAGUAUUGGAGGAGCAACUCGCUGAAGAGUCCGAAGCAAACGCAGAGAAUUUUGAUCCUGAACGUGGCUUUUCUAAUGAUCAAAGGCGUAGUAGCACAUUCAGUGUGUUUUUAUGA